GAGAUGUUAGGAUGGUUCUCUUAUCUCUUGAUUGGCGCUAAGUAGCACACUCCGCUCCCGGCUUCACCAUUUUCCCUCUCCUCUCCGCUUGUGUUCUUUUGCUUUUUCGGAGCUAGCACCGAGAGAGCGAGCGAGGGAGAGAGAGUGAAGGGCGGGAGCCCAGCGAGAGAGAGAGAGAGAGAGGAAUGGUUAGCAGCAGCCAGCUAUUACUCUCAUGGCCGCCCCCUUUGGCGGUCUCUCCCCGCAGUAUUAGUGGAGGAAGCAGCAAUAGAAUCGGUGCAACACCAAUCAACAGAAAAUUAGUCAAAUUUCAGAUCAAAUGUAACUUGAAAGAUGAAGCAAAGGAGGAAGAUGAAGCUACAUCUUCAUACCAAGGAAAGAGAUCUGAUGCGAAGCCUUCAAGACGUAAAUCUAUUGCAUGUUUAUGUGCGUCUCUGGUUCUAAUAAAUCUUUCAAAAAGUUGUAUUGGUACAUCUAAUGGAGUUGCAUCAGACCUGAUUGAUGAUUCCUUGAAAGAAAAACCUGUUUGUCGAAAUUGUGGGGGCUCUGGUGCUAUAAUAUGUGACAUGUGUGGAGGCACUGGAAAAUGGAAAGCUCUCAAUAGAAAACGGGCAAAAGAUGUUUAUGAGUUCACCGAGUGUCCUAACUGUUACGGUCGUGGAAAACUGGUUUGCCCAGUUUGUCUGGGAACUGGUUUGCCGAAUAACAAGGGACUUCUCCGGCGACCCGAGGCACGAAAACUACUCGACAAGAUGUACAAUGGAAGGCUCCUUCCUGGGUACUAGGUGUUCGCUGCAUUUGCUUACACAUUAAGGUUUUGUCUGGGACAGCUUUCUUACUGCUUCUUAAAACAGCUUUCUUGUAUAAAAUUUUAAUUUUUACACUAAAAAAUAGUUUUAAGAAGCAGUAAGAAAGCUGUCGCAAAUGAAACCUAAACCUGUAGGAUUCUUUUCUAGAGUGCCAUUUUUGCUAUAUCAUCCUCAUUAACAUA